ACAGGUGAUUUCCAUUAGGGUUGGAGUUGCCCAGAACUCCAAUUGGAUCUUUAAAAACGCAUUUCCAAAAAGUGCUUUAAACUCUUUUCAUAGCGUUUGCUGUGGGACUCAGGUGGUAUUUUGAUGCAGCAACAGGGUUGUCCUUUGUAGUUUUGUGGUCCUCGCUGUCCACCCCUGCUGACUCACUAAUUCAGUGCAUCUUCCAGCAGAGUUGAUUGUGAGAUCGCAGGUCGAGAGGAUGACAGUUCAAGUGUACUGCUUGUUUAGUGCGGUUUUAUUGGGUCUGUCUGCUUGUUGGAGCACAACACACGCUGGAGUCCUAGUGUCCGGUCGGUGUCCGGCGAUGCUGACGGUCAUGCCGUCCCGUCGAGGAUGCACUUCUGAUAGAGACUGCUCUGGAGGACACAAAUGCUGUCAAUUUCCCUGUGGGCGCUCGUGUGUGCCGCCUGUUUUCACAAAGCCAGGAGAGUGUCCAAGCAAAAAAAUUGGAGCAGAAACGUGUGACGAUUUGUGUCACUAUGACAGUGACUGUCCGAACAAUGAGAAAUGCUGCAGCAAUGGAUGUGGACAUCAGUGUAUGGCUCCAUUUGCAGUGAAGACAAUGGAGACACUAUAG